GUGGCGCGUGGUCGGCCAUUCAGCGACAGUGGAGCAUCAGGACGUAAAUGUAAAUAAUCCGUCUAAAGGUUGACCGUGUCCCGUAAAGAAACCCCCACGUUUGACGCCUUCGCAGUUGUAGUUAUAGUUAUGUUUUGGGACAUGAACUGAGCCCGUGGCUGCUGUUUCUGUCCGUCCCACCGCCAGGUAGCUGUUUUAGCCGCUGCGGGCCCGCUUUGUGUUUUCACCAUGUAUCCCUCCUGGGGGAACUACGGCGCUCCUCCGGCGCAGAACUUCGGAGCACCAGCCCCUCGGAAGCCCGGAGGCUUCGAGGCUCCGGGUCCGGGCGGCUCGGUGCUGUCCAGCCUGCAGGAGCAGCACAUGCAGCAGAUGCAGCAGCUGCAGAUGCUGCACCAGAAGCAGCUGCAGUCGGUGCUGCACCACGGGAACGCUGCUGCCCCCGGUCCUGCCCCGGCCCCCGCUGCCGCCCCGGCCCCCUACGGCGGGGGGUUCCAGGGGGGCUUCCCCGGGUCGUGGCAGGGGGAAGGUCCGGGACACGCUGAGGGGAGCGAGGGUCCCCAGGGGGGGAGGCAGCACCCCCAGCAGCCCCCGCCGCCUCCAUCACAGCCGCAUCCCACCGAGAACCAGCCGCCCCCUCCGGACUCUCCCGACACCAGGACAGCUCCCGGGGGCCCGGAGCCCAACACACACGACACACUCCCUCCAGAACACGACACUUCCUUACCCCUGCAGGAGCAGCAGCAGCUUUGGUACAAGCAACAUCUUCAGAACCUACAGAAACUCAGGCAGGAGAGAGCCAGACAAAUGAAAGAAAAUCACACCUCUGCGCCAUCAGGUCAAGCAGGUCCUCCUCCUCCUCCCAUAGAACCACCAAAAAACACACCUCCUCCCCCGCCUCCAAAAGAUGAACCCCUUGUGCCACCUCUUCCCCCUGUGGAAGUAAGAAAUCGAAAUGUAGAAAACUCGCCUACAUUUUCAGACACACCUGAAGUCCCAAAAGACCCAGAAGAAGCUGCCCGUCUGCAGCAGUUACAGGCUGCAGCAGCACAGUGGCAGCAGGUGCAACAGCAGAGAGUAGGUAUACAAUACCAAGCUCUCAUGCAACAACAUGAAAAGCUUCAGCACGUCUUGGAACAAUACCAACGGCUGGUUCAGCAACCACCAAAUCUACAGUCGAUGUCUGCGGAAAUGCAGCUGAGGCACUAUGAAAUGCAACAGCAACAGUUCACGCCUUUAUUCCAAGACUGGAAUCGCUCCUUUGCCUCGUGGUAUGAGCAGUUUCAGACAUAUCCUCACAAAGACCAACUGCAGGACUAUGAACACCAGUGGAAACAGUGGCAGGAGCAGAUGAAUGCUACAAGUGGCCACCUACAAGAAAGGGUUGCCACUCUUACUGCCAUGGUACCAUUUGCCUCAAGCCAAUAUAAUAGCGCGAUGAUGGGACAGUUUAGCCAGUACUCUGGGCAAGAGACGCAACAGAUGCAACAGCAGGGAGUAAACCCAGGUGUCCAACAGCCUCCACCUGAUGUUGGUCCUAAACCUCCAGGUCUGCAGCCCCCUAGCUUUGUGGCACAUUCAGAAUCACCUUCUGGACCCCCAACAGACAUAGGAGCAAGGCCUCCAGGUCCAUUGACUGGGCAGCAGCCAAGUUUCAACAGUGUGAGAGUCACACGAUUUGACCAGCCACCUCAAGGUUUUGAUAGUACCCCAAGGUUCAAUCAACCGCAGCAGCGUUUUGAUGGCCCUCCAAGGUUUGACCAACCACAGCAGCGUUUUGAUGGCCCUCCAAGGUUUGACCAACCACAGCAGCGCUUUGAAGGCCCACCAAGAUUUGACCAACCGCAGCAUCGUUUUGACAGCCCUCCGCAGUUUGACCAGCCCAAGCAGCGUUUUGAUGGUCCCCCAAGGUUCAACCAACCGCAGCCGCGUUUUGAAGGUCCCCCCCGGUUCAACCAACCACGACAUCGUUUUGAUGCUCCCCCUCGGUUUGACCAACCACGGCAACGAUUUGAUGCUCCCCCUCGGUUUGACCAACCACGGCAACGAUUUGAUGGUCCUCCUCGAUUUGACCAUCCCCCACCUCCACAUCAGCCUAAGUUUGAUGCCUCAAAGCCUCCCGGCUCUUCACCUCGUUUUGAAUCUCCAUCUGUUCCUCUAAUAAAACAGCAGCAAGGUUCCCAGCCUAAACUGGAGUCAGCAACUAAACAACCUGCAAGUAUGGAUUCCAAGACUCCUGCAAAACCAGCUGGUCUGUCACAGUCUGAUAAGGAACAGAAAAAAACAGAACCUGUUAAAUCAAAUACUGAAGACAUGACAGAUGACAAUUUGCUUGGAAAUGAGGGCUUUUUUGUUCAAAAUGACCCUAUUCCUCAGACAUUACCAUCAGACUCGAAACUUGGAGUAUCGGAUAAAAACAAGGCAUCUAACAAUAGUGAAAAACCUGAACCUGUCGAUAAUAAGCCUUCUGUAACUGCUGCUUCUGCUAUUGUGUUAAAAUCUCCUGCACAAAGUUCUGUCAAAUCAGAUGGCCCAUUGACAAACAGUAAACCACCAGAGAAGCCUGGUGGAAUCCAGCCAGAGCCACAAGGUUCUGGUCAAAUGAUGCCACACCCACACCCCCCAAAUCCUCCUCCUGGUAGGGGACGAGGCCAGCCCCCAUUGCGUGGACGUGGCCAGAUGUUGGGGAGUGGUGAUUUCAGGGGACCAAAUGCUGUUCCACCUGGGGAGGAUAUGGGGGAGAUGUUGUAUGACCAGAUGCCACCCAAAGAAAGCAUUGGGAUGCCAGAAGAGCAGGAGGACUACCACUGGCAAGAGCAAUCAUAUGAGGAAUUUGGCAAUGAUGGGUCAGAGAUGCCUUCUGAAGAAAUGUGGAUGCCAGAAGAACAUUACUUCCAAGAUGAAGAGUUUUAUGAAGAGCAAACAGGAACCCAUAUGGGGAGAGGGGGACCUCCAGUGAUGAGAGGAAGACCUCCUAUGGGAAGAGGAGGUGUACCUUUGGGUAGAGGAGGCCCCCCUUUGGGGAGAGGUGGUCCACCAAUGGGUAGAGGCGGUCCACCAAUGGGUAGGGGCGGCCCACUUAUGGGUAGAGGAGGUCCACCCAUGGGUCGAGGGGGUCCACCCAUGGGCAGAGGUGGACCACCCAUGGGUCGAGGGGGUCCACCCAUGGGCAGAGGUGGACCACCCAUGGGCAGAGGAGGUCCACCCAUGGGCAGAGGGGGUCCACCCAUGGGCAGAGGGGGUCCACCCAUGGGCAGAGGAGGACCACCCAUGGGCAGAGGAGGUCCACCCAUGGGCAGAGGAGGUCCCCCUCUAGGAAGAGGAGAGCCAAUGGAUAGGCACUGGGAAGACCCAGAAUCAGCUGAGUACUCAGAGGAAGGGGGCCCUUACUGGGGAGAAUGGAGACCUCCAAUGAGAGGUAUGAGGCCCCCAUUUCCACCUGGCCGAGGUCGCCCUCCACGUGGUCACCCUGGUUUCAUGCCUCCUGGCCGAGGACGCCCAGCUCACCCAGGACAUGGGCCAAUGGACAACGAGCCUUUAGGCAAUGAAAUGAACUCUGAAGAUACCACCAUGGAUCCAUCUAUGCAUCCUGCUUACCAUGAACGUGAUCCUUACGGUCAUCCAGCCAAUCCAGAUGUAGGAAGAGGCAGGAGGCGUGUGCCACCACCACCUCAUGAACUCAUGGAUCCUAUGGAGGAGCCAUUGUACGAUGAAGGAAGAGAACAAGAACUAGAUUGGUAUGGCCCACAUGGUAGAGGCCAUCCAAUGCUUCCACAUGACAUGGUAGACAGGGGAGGAAUGAGGAGGAGACCUAUGGGUCGAGGAAUGGGAAGAGGCAUGUGGCGGCCAGGUCCAACACAUGAGGAACAUGAUGAAGGGUAUAGUGAGGGUUAUGCUGUGGAUUAUGAUCAUGGAGAAAGACGUCCCUGGCGUUCACCAGAAGACUUUCCUGCCGAUGACCAUCGCCAAGAUACAAAGUACUUUGACGCUGAGUGGGAUAGAGAGAGAUCUCUUUUGGAGAGAGAGCGUACUCUUCCAGAGAGAGAUUAUCCUCCCCGCAGAGGACCACCAGAGCCCUUCAGAGAUAGAUAUUGGGAAGAUGAAAUAGAGAGAGGUCAACCAUUUCCAUUUGAUGAAAAUGAUAGAAGUAGAGGAGAGCUCAGAGUUCGUGAUUACAGGGACGAACCAUCAUACAGACAAGAGGAGGCACCACGCCCACCAUCUUCAGACUGGGAUAGGCCUUCUAGGCUUCUUCCACCACCAGAGAGAGGUUAUCCUCCAGACUAUCCAGAUCAUAGACCACGCUAUGAAGAGCAUAGGGAAGACCCUUGUUUGGAUAUGCCUCUACCGCCUUCUGCACAUGUCACUGACUUGCCUGAGAAAUCAACUGAACCAGCAAGCGGAGCAGGUGUACUUGCACUAUCCCAGCGUCAACAUGAGAUAAUCUUGAAAGCUGCUCAAGAGCUUAAACAAAUAAGGGAAUUGCAAGUGGCACAUACUCCUAGUACUGAGCCUGCACCCAAGGAAACUCUGCCAGAUCUACCUGUGGGUCUUCUAGGUCUGGAAAUCCCCCCAGAUGUAAGGAGUGUCCUGAAGGGUAUGAGUGUUGCGGCGCAGCCAGGCGCCACUGAAAAACUGUCCUGGGAAACCAGGGCUGCUGCCGAAGAUUACCAGCCACCUGCUGCUCCAGUGAUGCCUAAAACCGUUGAAUACGGACAUGGACAUGAACCUGGAACCACUGUUGAGCGCAUCUCUUAUGGGGAGAGAAUAGUAUUGCGGCCUGAUCCGUUGUCAUCGGACAGGGGCUAUGAAAAAGAAGCGCUUGGUCACAGAGACCCAUACCCCAGAGACCCAUAUUAUGAAAGACGAUCAGACCCCUACAUGGACCGCCGGGACUACGGCAGAGAAAGGGAAAUGUACAGAGAAAAGCCUCCUGAAUAUGAAAGAGAGAGAUAUGAGAGGGACCGCUAUCUUUCACGAGAGAGGGAUGACAGCACACAUGUCUUAUUUGAAGAAAGAUCUCCCCUGACAUCGGCUCAGCGCUCCGGAUACAGAGACAGAGAUGUUCGAGACAGGGAGAGAAGUGGCAGCCGGGACCCAGACGACCAUUACGGAAGACCCGGCUAUGACAGACCUCCAUAUGAACGGCCCGGACUCGACCGCAUUGGGCCUGAGCGUUACAGUUCACCUUACAUGGAAAGAAGAGGUUAUGGAGAGGACCGAGGGCCUCCUGCUGCUGCACCCCUCCCCCCUCCACCGCCACCUCCAAGAGUCGAAAAAAAGCCUGAAAUCAAGAAUAUUGAUGAUAUCCUCAAAUCGCCUGGAAGAUUAUCUCGUCCUGAAAGGAUUGUCAUUAUAAUGAGAGGCCUCCCAGGAAGCGGAAAAGGUCAUGUGGCAAAGCUCAUACGGGACAAAGAAGUUGAAUGUGGCGGCGCACCUCCAAGAGUUCUUGUUUUGGAUGAUUAUUUCAUGACGGAGGUCGAGAAAGUUCAGAAAGACCCAGACACUGGGAAAAGGGUCAAAACCAAGGUCCUUGAGUAUGAAUAUGAGCCAGAAAUGGAGGAUACCUACCGGAGCAGCAUGCUCAAAACAUUCAAGAAAACUCUGGACGACGGCUUCUUCCCCUUCAUCAUUUUAGACACCGUCAAUGACAGGGUUAAACAUUUUGAUCAGUUCUGGAGUGCUGCUAAAACGAAAGGUUUUGAGGUGUACGUAGCUGAAAUCACAGCAGACACUCAGACUUGCGCAAAGAGGAAUGUCCACGGGCGCACACUUAAGGAUAUAAUGAAGAUGUCUAACAACUGGGAGUCUUCACCACGUCACAUGGUCCGCUUGGAUGUCCGGUCCCUGCUUCAAGAUGCUGCCAUAGAGGAGGUUGAAAUGGAGGACUUCAACCCUGAGGAUGAGCCCAAGGAAAGCAAGAGGGAAGAGGAAGAAGAGGGUGAUCUGGGCUAUAUUCCAAAAAGCAAAUGGGAGAUGGACACAUCUGAGGCCAAACUUGACAAGUUGGACGGUCUGGGAAGCGGUGGGAAGAGGAAACGUGAAGGUGAAAUGUCGGACUUGGAGGACUAUCUUCAGCUGCCGGACGACUAUGCCACACGCAUGUCCGAACCAGGAAAGAAACGGGUUCGAUGGGCCGACCUUGAAGAGCAAAAGGAUGCGGAUCGAAAGCGUGCUAUCGGUUUUGUGGUGGGUCAAACGGACUGGGAAAGAAUAACGGAUGAGAGCGGCGCGCUGGCACAAAGAGCUCUGAACCGUACAAAGUAUUUCUAAGAAGACAAUUGCAUCCCUUAUUUUGGUUACUCGAGAGGGAUCCCAAAUGUGAACCUGUUGCAGCUCGCUGGUGGAGAAGCAUUCAAGAAGAUUUGUUGCUGCUGUCAAAUUGUUAGCCAGGUCACUAUUAGUGAUGGAGGAAACACCUUUUUCCCUUUGGCUAUUCACUUUUAAAUUUGUAGUUUUCAGUCGGCGCUACUGUUAGUCAUGCAUUCAUUCGUGUUGUUUUUUUUUUUUCCUCCCCUCCCUGUUUUUAUAUUUCAUCUACUGUAUCCAUGUAUUGGCGUUUUUUGGUCAAAACCAAGUUGAAAGAGUCAAUAAAACUUUGAUCAAAAUUUCAA